AUGAUCUCUCCAUUGCGUAUUUGUCUUUAUAUCCACACAGCACAGAAGACAGCGCUGAUUGUUUAUGCCGACCAGAGUCCUGCCUCAUUCAACGCUGCUGCGCGAGAUGCAGCCGUUGAGGCUCUGACGGUACAAGGCUAUAAAGUCCUAGUGUCGGACCUUUAUGCUAUGAACUUCAAAGCCUCAGCUAUUGUAGAGGACAUUAAGGGAGAUCUAAAGAACUCAGAGCACUUUGUGUAUAAUGAGGAGAUGAUGGUCGCAUGGCAAGAUAGUCGCCUUAGUGACGACAUCACAGAAGAACAACAGAAGCUGAAACAGGCAGACCUGGUUAUCUUUCAGUUCCCUCUCUACUGGUUUAGUGUACCUGCCAUCAUGAAGGGCUGGAUAGACCGAGUCUUAAUUCAAGGAUCUGCCUUCUCUAUACAGAGGAUGUAUGACAACGGCAUGUUUCAGGUCUGGAUCUUUAAAUGA